CCAUUGACGGCAAGCAGGUCGUCCUUCUCCUUAUCACACAACUCAGACGAGUAACAACAAUUUCCUCACCUUCUUCUCUUAACUUUUGCUGGUUCUAUUGCUGGUUUUGCAUUUCUUCUUCUCAGAGAGGGGGGUCACUGGUGGUUAAAAUUACUGAAUCAAAGCCAGCAACUCUGUUAUUAAAAUGAGCAAUCUUAAGUUAGGUGUACAAGUUCUCAGUGCCCAGGAUCUUCCCCCAAAGGAUGGACAGGGCUCCUCCAAUCCCUGCGUUGAGCUCAAUUUCGACAACCAGAAGUGUCGAACAGCCAUCAAAGAGAAAGACCUGAAUCCUCAGUGGAACGAGCUGUUCUACUUCAACAUUUCUGAUCCAUCAUCCAUCCCAAAUCUCGCUCUUGAGGCCCAUGUCUAUCAUUUAAAUAGAAACACAAAUUCAAAGUCUUUAAUCGGAAAGGUCCCAAUUUCCGGCACCUCGUUUGUGCCCCUUGCAGAAGCAACUGCGCUUCACUAUCCAUUAGAGAAACCUCAUAUUUUUGCGCGCACAAAAGGAGAGCUUUGCCUCAAAGUAUUUCUCACUGAAAACCCAUCGACAAGGCCUUACAAUCCCCUCCCAGAUUUUGAUCCCUUCCAAACUGAUUCUCUUCAUGGUCAAGCAUAUCAGCCUGAAUCUGAAAUCUCAACUCUGAAUUCAACUUCAUCUCAGUUCAAGGAUAAUAGAGGAGAUUACGUACAUACUUUCAAUCACCUUCCAAGAGAAGAAAAAUUAUAUUUUGCUGAUAAAGAGAUGAAUUCAGGGCCUCCAAGAGCUGUAAGAGUGUUGUCUUCCUCGUCCCAACAGCCAUUAGAGUUCCAGCUCAAAGAAACUAGCCCUUCCCUAGGAGGCGGACAAGUCGUAGGAGGUCGGGUGAUACCUGCGGAGAAGCCAAUCAGCACAUAUGAUCUUGUUGAGAAGGUCGAGUAUCUGUUUGUGCGGGUUGUGAAGGCUCGAGAAUUGCCGAGAAAGAACAUCGCUGGAAGCAUUGAUCCUUAUGUUGAAGUGAGGCUCGGCAACUACAAGGGCGUUACUAAACACUUUGAGAAUAAUCAAAACCCGGAAUGGGAUGAGGUUUUCGCCUUUUCAAGAGAAUUGAUUCAAUCCUCAUUUGUCGAAGUUUUUGUCAAAGACAAGGAUGUAGUCAAGGACGACAUUGUUGGCAUGGUGCGGUUUGACCUCCAUGAUCUCCCGAGACGAGCUCCUCCUGAUAGUCCGCUUGCUCCGGGGUGGCAUUGGCUUGUUGGAAAGAAGGGGGAGAAGGUGAAAGGAGAGGUUAUGUUAGCCAUCUGGUUUGGAACUCAAGCUGAUGAGUGUUUUCCAAUUGCUGUGAUUUCUGAUGCUGUGACGCCCUCUGGUUUGUUUCUAAAUUCAGAAAUCAGAUCCAAAGUUUAUCAUGCGCCAAGGCUGUGGUAUGUUAGAGUCAAUGUUAUCGAAGCACAAGACAUCAUAAUUGCCGAAAAGAGGCAGCUUUCUGAGGUUUUUGUGAAGUGUCAACUUGGCCAGCAGGUGUUGAAGACAAAGCCACUCCAGUCUAGGACUUUAAGCUUUGUUUGGAAUGAAGAUUACACCUUUGUUGCUGCUGAGCCCUUUGAAGAACCAUUACUACUUUCAGUUUUCGAUCGGGUCAGUCCCAACAAAGAAGAAUUGAUUGGCCGAGUUCAGAUACACGUAGGCACAAUUGAGAGACGCACUGAUGAUCAAGUCGUUAACUCGAGAUGGUACAGUCUUGAUAAGCAUGGUGUAGCAGAAGAAGAGAAUUCAAAGAAGGAGAAGUUCUCCAGCAGACUUAAUGUCAGAGUCUGCCUUGAAGGAGGUUACCACGUGCUGGACGAGUCAACACAUUACAGCAGCGACCUCCGGCCGUCGGCGAAACAGCUAUGGAAACCUUCAGUUGGGCUGCUUGAGCUUGGAAUCCUCAAUGUAGAGGGGCUCACUCCAACAAAGACUAGAGAAGGAAAAGGCACCUGUGACACUUACUGUGUAGCAAAAUAUGGACAGAAAUGGGUGAGAACUAGAACUAUAAUCAACAGCCUAAAUCCCAAGUACAACGAACAGUACACAUGGGAAGUGUACGACCACGCCACCGUGCUCACUGUCGGCGUGUUCGACAAUUCCCAGAUCGAAAAAUCCUCACUUGGACUCAAAGACAGCAGAAUCGGCAAGGUCCGUAUUCGACUCUCGACUUUGGAAGCUGGAAGAGUGUACACUCAUUCAUAUCCACUACUUGUCCUACAUAACUCUGGGUUGAAGAAGAUGGGUGAGCUUCAUAUGGCAAUUCGAUUCUCUUCCCCAUCAAUGCUGAACACAAUGUUGCUAUACUCCAAACCUUUACUGCCAAAGAUGCACUAUAUCAGACCACUCUCCAUGUUGCAGCUCGACUUUCUCCGUAACCACGCCGUCCAGAUUAUAGCAGCAAGACUUAGCCGUAUGGAACCGCCAUUAAAAAGCGAAGUUGUGGAGUAUAUGUGUGAUGUUGAAUCUCAUCUAUGGAGUAUGAGACGCAGCAAGGCGAACUUUUUCCGCUUAGUUUCAGUCUUCUCAAGCUUUUUAACUUCUAUGAAGUGGUUCAAUGAUGUAUGCUGGUGGAAGAACCCAAUAACAACUGUGCUUGUACACAUCCUCUUUCUCAUGUUUGUGUGUUUCCCAGAGCUUUUACUCCCCACAAUCUUUCUCUAUCUGUUCCUGAUUGGCUUAUGGAACUAUCGUAGCCGGCCGCGAUAUCCGCCACACAUGAACACCAGAAUCUCUUGCGCUGAUAGAGUGCAUCCUGAUGAACUCGACGAAGAAUUCGACACGUUUCCAACGAGCAGGAGUGCAGAUAUAGUGAAGAUGAGAUACGACAGAUUGAGGAGUGUGGCGGGGAGGAUACAGACCGUAGUAGGAGAUAUUGCGACGCAAGGAGAAAGAGUGCAGGCUAUGCUGGGCUGGAGGGAUCCUCGCGCGACAGUGAUAGGAUUGAUUUUGUGUAUCGUGGGAGCUGUGGUGCUCUAUGUGACUCCUUUCUCUGUGCUGGUUGUGGUCUGUGGGUUUUACAUGAUGAGGCAUCCCAGGUUCAGGAGUAAGUUGCCAUCUGCCCCUGUGAACUUCUUCAGAAGAUUGCCUGCAAAAACAGAUUUGAUGUUGUGAUCUGAUAUUUCUAUCAUGAAUUUUAAUUUGUUUGUGUAAUGUUGUUUGAUGUUUUGUUGAUUUUGAUGGGUAUAGUUUAUGAAUUUUGUUAAUGUGUAUGUGAUUAAACUUUAUGUACUCAUUGCUUUGUGUGGGGUGGGGAGUUACAUAUAUGUAAGGUUUUGAUUUUGUUAUAUAUGUAAGGUCAUGGGAAUGGCUAUAGUUAGUUUAAUGUGUCAUGAGAAAUCAUGGACUUGAUGAAUAUCUUUUCAUAAAUGAUUGAUGAAAAGUCAUGUGCAAA